AUGAGCGGCGGGGCGCGGCCGGGACGGCGGCAGAGCUCGGCCCGCAGCCCCCCGGCCAUGAGCGGCCCCGCCGGGGCAGCCCCGCAGCCCCGGGCCGGCCCCUCCCGGCCCCGCGCGUCCUUCCUCAUCCAGGACAUCCUCUGGGACGCGCCCGAGCGCGCCGCGAGCGCCGGGAACGCGGAGCGGGGAGCGGCCGGCGGGGAGAGCAGCGGGGCCAGCGGGGAGAGCAGCGGGGCCAGCGGGGAGAGCAGCGGGGCCAGCGGGGAGAGCAGCGGGGAGAGCAGCGGGGAGAGCAGCGGGGAGAGCAGCGCGGCCGGCGGGGAGAGCAGCGCGGGCAGCGCGGAGAGCAGCGGGGCCAGCGCAGCCCCGGCAGCGCCCCCCGCGGGCCCCCAUCCCCCGCGAGCCUCGGCGCCAGCCCCGGCACCCGGCACAGAGGCGCCGCUGGAGCCGCUCCUGCCCGACCGCGCCCCCGCCGUGCGCGCCGCGGCGCCGCCGCCUCCCCGGCCGGGCAAGCGCUCCCGAGCCGCCUUCUCCCACAGCCAGGUGAUCGAGCUGGAGCGCAAGUUCAGCCACCAGAAGUACCUGUCAGCCCCGGAGAGAGCUCACCUGGCGCGGCACCUGCAGCUCACCGAGACCCAGGUGAAGAUCUGGUUCCAGAACAGGAGGUACAAGACCAAGAGGAAACAGGUGGUGGCCGGGAUGAGCCGCUGGGACUCGCGCCAGGAAGCGCCAGAAUUCCCGGGAAUGUCGCUGCUGGCGCUCAGGGGCGCCUGGCCCUACCUGCCCUGCCUGUACUACGUCAAUUCCUGGAGCCCCUCCUGGUAGAAAUGGCUUUUUUGGGGUGGUUUUUCCAUAAAUCCAGAGGGGAGGGAUUGCGGCGCCAGCGUUUCCUAGUGGCAGCGUGAAACUGUGUCACCACUAACGCUGAAAUGAGUGAAAAAGAGCCCGACAUUUCAUGGCAGCGCUCUGGGAAUCCUCGGGGCAGCCCAUCCCUGGCAGUGCCCAAAUCCAGGCUGGAGCUGAGGGCGCCGGGCCCUUCCUGCCCUGCCUGAACCGCGUCAGCUCCUGCAGCCCUCCUGGCAGAAACUGCAUUUUUGGGUGGGAAAGAUCUGAUUUUUCCCCUUAGUUUGGGGUGGUUUAACCCUGUGUGGCUCUCGCUAGACCCGAUUAGGGGUGGGAUUUCCAGUGGCAGAACAAACUCUCCGGCCACUAACACCGAAACAACCAAAAGAAGCCCAAAACGUUAAUAGCAAUUAAUUCGGGUUUGAUUGCAGCGCUCUGGGAAUUCCCGGGGAAUCCGUGGCUGCUCCAGCCCUGGCAGGGCCCAAAUCCAGGCUGCAGCUCAGGGCACCUGGCCCUACCUGCCCUGAAGAAUUCUUGGAGCCCCUCUUGGGUUUUUUGGGAGGAAAAUAUCCAGUUUUUCCUUCAAUCCAGAGGGGAGGGAUUGGCAGCAGUGGCAGCUCGAAGCUUGCUCCUCACUAACACUGAAAUAACCAAAGAAAACAGUCCACAAUUUUCAUUCCACUUAAUUCAGUGUUGGAUUGCAACGCUCCGGGAAUUCCCAGGGAAUCCGUGGCUGCUCCAGCCCUGGCAGUGCCUAAAGCUGGCCUGGCUGGGGCUUGGAGCCCCUCCUGGUAGAAACUGCAUUUUGAGGUGGAAAAUAUCACUUUUUCCCUAAAUUUGGGGUGGUUUAACCCCGUGUGGCUCUCCCUGGAGCAGGUUAGGGGUGGGAUUUUCAGCGGCAGCACAAACUCUCUGGCCGCUAACACCGAAACAACCGAAGAGAUUUUAAUAUCAGUUAAUUCAGGUUUUGAUCGCAGCGCUCUGGGAAUUCCCGGGGAAUCCGCGGCUGUCCCAUCCCUGGAAGUGCCCAAAUCCCGUCGCCAGCCGGAGGUGCCCCGGGUGCCACCCCGGGAGGGACAAUGGGGCGGUGACAGACGAGCUUUGCAUAUCCGGGAGUGGGCCCGGGCUGGCCGGGCGGGAGCGGGGCUGGCAGAGCGGCCGAUCCCCGCUGCAGGGGGAAUUCGGGGGUCGCGCUCGUGGUUUUCCACCCCGAUCACCCCAGGAUUCCAUGGAUCAGCCCAAUUCCCAGCG